UGAGAAAACACUCGCUCGCGCGCCGCUGCUGAGUUUAGCCUGUUAGCUAGCCGCCUGACGGCUUUAAUUCAACACACUUAACAACAUUCACGAUGGAGCAUUCAUUCGGGAUUUCAGAUAGCCAAUGUUUGGCCACUGUUAGAGGACACGAGCUCAGAAGCGGACAGAAAGAACCAAGACUUCUGUCCCUGUUACAGUGUUCUGGACAGUUCAAGUUGGAUAUUUUGGAAAACCCUGAAGCAAUUGUAUUAAGCCAAGUGCCCCAGCGGUCCAUCCCCAUCAAUAACCAUUUUCAGAUAGUUCGAGAGGCUGAAGAAGCGCUUCUCAUUGACAUCUCGAUAAACACAACGGUACGGAUUCGUCUUCGAGGCGAGCAAAUGCCAGAGGUUCUGCUGGAGCUGCAGGAUGACGUGCACACUCAGUCUUUCUUACAACAUGUGACGAAGGCCAAACAGCAAGCUGAGAGGAGUUCACUGCCUAGGAAGAUGGAGCCUGUUGUACCCAUUCCAGUCAAAGACUGCAUUCCUGUUCCACCUCAAAGAGGAACCUCCAAGUCCACCUCAAACAACAUCAACAACAGUACUUUAGCAAAGCCCUCAAACGCAGACUCCGCCCUCUCGCUUGCGACAGAUUUUGGUUUCGAAGAAAAUUUUAACCAUUGUAUAAAAGUGGAAGAGAAGAAGAACCAACAAAACCGUAUAGUUGCACAACGAGAGCCGCCCCCUCCACCAGUGCCCCCUCUUCCCCCUCGAAAAGGCACAUACAAGCCAUCGACUAACCUCACGGCAGGCCUGACUGCUAAAGAAAGGCCACCCUCCGCACUGAAUGCCACACCUGUCAGAAAUGACAGAUUUCAGUCUGUAGACCGCUCUGUUUCCUGGUCUGACAGCCCAUCCAACUACACCAUGAGACAGACCAUGAUGAGCAGCCAGUCAGGGUCAAGGGAAGGCCUGCUCAAGUAUCGCCUCAGCAAGAAAGAGAAAGAAUAUGUGGACAUUAAGAACUUUCGGUUCUUCUUGGGCACUUGGAAUGUGAACGGUCAGUCCCCUGACAGCAGUCUUGAGCCCUGGCUGUGCUGUGACUCAGAACCUCCAGAUGUCUACGCACUGGGAUUUCAGGAGCUGGACCUGAGCACAGAGGCAUUUUUCUAUAUGGACUCAUCCAAAGAACAGUUAUGGGUUGAUGCAGUAGAGAGAAGCCUCCACCAUAAAGCCAGAUACAUGCAGGUCCGUAUCAUUCGCCUAGUUGGAAUGAUGAUGGUGGUGUAUGUCAACAAGGUGCACAAAGAUCACAUUAGAGAGGUGGCUUCUGAGUCUGUGGGAACUGGCCUCAUGAAUAAAAUGGGGAAUAAAGGAGGAGUGGCUGUGCGUUUUGUGUUUCACAAUACCAGCUUCUGCUUCGUGAACUCUCAUUUGGCGGCUCAUGUGGAUGACAUUGAGAGGCGGAACCAGGACUACAAAGACAUCUGUGCCCGCAUGAGUUUCCACCUGCUGGACUGCCCCCCUCUCAAUAUAGUGAAACAUGAUGUGGUGAUUUGGCUUGGAGAUCUUAACUACAGACUAUGUUUGAAUGAUACCAUGGAAGUAAAGAGACUUAUUGCUGAGAAUGAAUUACGGAGGCUUCAGGAGUAUGAUCAGCUGAAUAUCCAGAGAAAGACUAAACGUGCCUUCACUGAUUUCAUGGAAGGGGAUAUUAAUUUCAUCCCAACUUACAAAUAUGAUGCUAAAUCCGAUGGAUGGGACUCAAGUGGGAAGUGUCGAGUCCCUGCCUGGUGCGACCGUAUCCUCUGGAGGGGGAGCAACGUAAAGCAACUUCACUACCGCAGUCACAUGGACCUAAAGACCAGUGACCACAAACCCGUCAGCUCUGUCUUUAGUGUCGGGGUGAAAAUGGUGAUAGAGCAGCGCUACAAGAAGGUGUUUGAAGAGAUUGUGCGGGACAUGGACAGAAUGGAAAAUGACUUUCUGCCCUCUUUGUCCCUAACCCGACGGGAGUUCACCUUUGAGAAUGUGAAGUUCCGUCAGCUGCAGCGUCAGAGUUUUCUCAUCACUAAUGAUGGACAGGUUGCUUGCACCUUUGCCUUCAUUCCCAAACUUAAUGACUCUCAAUACUGUAAGCCCUGGCUACGUGCUGAGCCCAACGAAGGGGUACUAGACCCUAAUGAGACAAUGGAGAUCUUCCUGGAGGUGUAUGUUAGUAAAGAUUCUGUAACACUGCUGAACUCUGGUGAGGAUAAAAUCGAGGACAUUCUGGUGCUUCAUCUGGACCGGGGAAAAGACUACUUCAUCACUGUCUCUGGAAACUAUCUGCCCAGCUGUUUUGGCACAUCUCUGGAGACUCUGUGCCGUAUGAAGAAGCCCAUCCGUGAGAUCCCCAUCACCAAACUCAUCGAUCUGGGAGAGGAUAGCUGCAUGGAGAAGGAGAAAUCCCGGAUGUAUUCCUUGUUUGACAAUUCUGGAACAGAGGAUAAACCUCUGAAGAUUCCCAAAGAGGUCUGGUUGCUUGUUAAUCACCUCUACACCAAGGCCUGCCAGCAGGAGGACCUUUUUCAGACCCCUGGCCUGCAAGACGAGCUACAGAGUAUUAUUGACUGCUUGGACACCAGCAUUCCUGAAUCCAUCCCUGGCUGUAAUCACUCAGUUGCUGAAGCACUAUUGAUCUUCUUGGAGGCUCUUCCUGAACCUGUGCUGUGUUAUGAACUCUAUCAGCGCUGUCUUGAAUGCUCUCAUGACAGCCGCCUCUGCAAACAGCUAAUAUCUCAGCUCCCACGAGCCCAUCGCAAUGUGUUCCGCUACCUGAUGGCCUUCUUGAGAGAAUUACUCAAACACUCUUUCGACAACAACCUGAACGCCAACCUCCUAGCUACUCUCUUCGCAAGCCUCCUCAUUCGGCCUCCUCCCAACCUUGCUGGCAAACAGACACCACACGAUCGUCAGAAAACCAAUGACUUCAUACUGGGGUUCCUGAUGGGAGGCGAUGAAGACUGAGGGAGAGGACUGCAGAAUGAGGUGUUCAGGUGGUUCUGAAGCAAAAAAGACUCUUGAGGUGUGUUUGUGGCUGGUCUUCUGGGAGAUAUAUGGGCCCCCCUGCACUAAGAUGGCUAACGACCUCCGUGAUGAAAGUUUGGAACUGUUGGAUAGUUCUGUUUUGCACAGACAUUGCCCAUUGGUUCUUCGGUUCCUGCUUCAGAGGAAUAGAUGUCAGUUUAUCUCUGCUCCCUGAAUGUGUUGCUCUGGGAGUAUUAAUAACAAACCUCAUCUUUUUGACUGUAGCAUCAAUAAUCCUACGUGCAGCCCCAGUUUCUCUGCUUUUGACCUCUGGAUCAGUGCUGUAAUGCCAAAUCUGAUAUUCCCGACCAUAUUUGACUGAAUGUGACUCUUGGCUACUCAAAAGAAGGUCUUUGUUACACUAAAGGAAAGCCAUGUAUUGGAGAUUGUAUUGACUGCUGCUGCCAGUUUAAACACUCCCUCAGAGCACUUUUUUCCACCUGUCUCACGCUUCCUUUUCUCCUUCGAAAAAUGACCUUCACAAAGAAGUGUUUCUGACAAGGUGACUUAGACAAUCGACUACCUUUCAGAGUGGAGGAGAAGUCUGGACUAUGAUCUUUACUCACAGUUCUAUCUGAAUCAUGAUGAAUCAGCCGACUUUGUCCAUUGUGGUGUGCACGUUAUUUAUGUUUUCCAGUCUCAUACAUCCUUGUUGUCCUUAGCAUUGGGCAUUUGUAUGUCCUCCACUGAUGAAUCUGUCAUCCUUCAGAAUAGACUCUUCAGUCUGUUGUGAUUGCAUAUCCAAACCCAUAAUCCUCAAUAAUAGCAAUGAGCGUCAACUUUAGAUGUGGUUAUCUUUAUCAGAUCUGGACUCUGGGGCUGAUGCUUUUAUUCUUUUGAGGUCUUAUUCUUUUACAGAUCUUCUCUGGAUCCUGUUGUGCUACAGAGACGUUAACA